CGCGCUCACGCUCACUCUCAGUGCAGGACACGGACGCGCAGCGGAGCUGUAACGAUGCUGGCUGUGAUCCGGCUGAUCUUCAUCCUCUGGACCUUCAUCUUCAUCAGCGCGGAGAAGGUCUUCCACAGCAGAGAUCAUUCAGAUGCGAUGAACGACAUCCGUCAGGCGGAACUCAUCACCGACACCGACACUGCACAGAGGUUUCUGUCUAAGUACGGCUUCAUAAGAGACGGAGAUGAUCCUCAGAUCCCAGCGGGUCAGACCGAGGUCAGUCUCUCUCUGGACCUUCAGGAGGGAGGAAGCGUGUCCAGAUCCAGCAGCCCUGAUCUCCGGUUCAUCUCGGCCCUGAAGGAGUUCCAGCGGGUGUCCGGUCUGCCCGUCUCAGGUGUGUUUGAUGACGUCACCAAAGCAGCCAUGAAUAAACCCAGGUGUGGCGUCCCGGACCAGGACGAGGAGCUGGAGUCUGCCGAACAAGAGCUGAACGAGACGGCCGAGUCCAACAGCACCACAACACACAAUCACACUCAUGCUGCAGCUAAUAAUACUGAACCUCCCGGGCGGAAACAGCGCCACCUAGCGGCGCUUCUGAGGAGCAGGAGGAGGAGAGAUGCGAGCGAGUGGAAGGGACACAUGGCCUUCUCUAAGAGUCUGCUGAAGUGGCGUCUGAUGGGAGAAGGUUACAGCAGUCAGCUGUCCAUCGACGAGCAGAAGUACAUCUUCAGACUGGCCUUCCGCAUGUGGAGCGAAGUCUCUCCGCUGCAGUUCGUGGAGGACGUCGACUCGCCUCUGGAGGACAUCGACAUCCGACUGGGCUUCGGGACAGGUCGUCAUCUGGGCUGCUCUCAGCGGUUCGACGGCGCCGGGCGAGAGUUCGCUCAUGCCUGGUUCCUCGGGGACAUUCAUUUCGACGAUGAUGAACAUUUCACCGUCCCAAACACAGGCAGCGGGAUCAGUCUUCUCAAGGUAGCGGUCCAUGAGAUCGGUCAUGUUUUAGGGCUUCCUCACAUCUACCGCUCCGGAUCCAUCAUGCAGCCCAGUUACCUUCCUCAGGACGCCGGCUUUGAGAUCGACUGGAUGGACCGCAAAUCCAUCCAGAGCCUGUACGGUGAGUGUAAGGGCCGCUUCAGCACCGUGUUUGACUGGAUCAGGAAGGAGCAGACGGCGUACGGCGAGGUGGUGGUGCGGUUUAACACCUACUUCAUGCGAGACGGCUGGUAUUGGCUCUAUGAGAACCGUAACAACAGAACCCGCUACGGGGAUCCGGUGGCGGUGCAGGUGGGCUGGCACGGGCUUCCCUCCAGCGGCGUGGAUGCUUACGUUCACGUGUGGAACCGCAAAACAGACGCUGUCUACUUCUUUAAAGGCGUGCAGUACUGGCGUUAUGACAGUGAGAACGAUCAGGUGUUCACUGAAGACUCAGACGGCCGCUCGUACCCUCGUCUGAUCUCUGAAGGCUUUCCCGGUGUGUCUGGACCAGUGGACACAGCAUACUACGACCGAAGAGAUGCUCACAUCUACUUCUUCAAGGGCUCACAGGUGUUCAGGUUUGAUGUGCGCAUGCACCGCUUGGCUUCUUCUUCCCCACAAAAAAUCACAGAGGUGUUUCCCGCCGUGGUCCCCGGUAACCAUCCCCUCGGUAACCUGGAUGCGGCGUAUUUCUCGUACUCACACAACACAGUGUUCCUGCUGAAGGGCUCGUGGUUCUGGAGGAUGGUGAGCGGCAGAGAUCGCAGACGGAGCGCCUCGCUGCCACCGAACGGCCUCAUGCCCCGCAGAGAGGUGGAGCAGCAGUGGUUCGACAUCUGCGACGUCCACAGCAGCUCUCUGAGAACCGCACGCAGAUGAUGAGAUCUGAUCUCAGAUCAGCCUCAUGCUGAAUGAGGAAGCCUGCAGCACUUGAACUGAACGGACGCUGAGCGCAUGAGGACGUUCAUCUGAAUCUGGGAUUUCCAGAUGAGUUCAAAUAUACAACUGAAGUCUCCGGAGGUUUAUGUUAAAGCAAUAGUUCACACAGAAAUGAACAUGUGCUGUAAAUGUGCUCAGCCUCAGUUCAUCCCAGAUCAGGAUGAGUUUGUUUCUUCAUCAGGUUUGUAGAAAUGUAGCACUGCAUCAGUGUCUCAUCAACGGAUGCUCUGCAGUGAAUGGGUGCCGUCAGAAUGAGAGUCUGAUAAAAACAUCACAAUAAUCCACAGCACUCCAGUCCAUCAGUGAACAUCUGGAGAAGACAAAAGCUGAAACACAUCCAUUUAAUUUAAAUUUUAUUUGUCAGUAUUCUAUAUUUUUGUGUGGUCUUCUGUAGUUAGAAGUUUAUUUAUAUAAAUCAGCAUGUAUGUCAGACAAUGCAGAGCAUCGAGAUUUGACAAAAACAUGUAUCUAUUUAUACUGUUUGCUGGAAUAUGACUAUAUUUAUUCCAUAAGUUAUUUGGUAACACUUUAAAAUAAGGUUAAAUACUUUAAUUAACAUAAACUAAGAAUGAACAAUACUUCUACAACAUGUAUUAAUAAUGUUAAUUUCUAAUAAUACUGAUGCAUUAUUAAAAGCUAAAGUUGUGUGAUGCACUGUAAAUGAACUAAAAGCGAAUGACAGUAUUUUCAUUAAGCAACAUCAACAAAGAUGAAUAAAUACUCCAAUAAAUGUAUUGUUCAUUGUUUGUUGAUGUUAGUUAAUAUAUUAACCAGCAUUAACUAAUGGAUCCUUACUGUAAAGAG